AAGAUGAAACGCGUGAAGAAGCGAAUUACCUAUACCACCCAUUCACCGACUCUCUCUCUCUCUCUCUUUCCUUCUAUCUGACACACAGAGUCGCCGACUGACUCUGCACUCUGCAACAGAUGAAGCACCCAACAUGGCCUCGCACCUCCUCUUCUCCCUUCUCCUCUCUUCCUUUCUCCAACCGUUCCGAAUUCUUCACCACGCGCCUCUGCGCGCGUCCUCCGCUGCCGUCCCCUCCCGGCGCCGGCGACUUCUCGGCGCUCCCCUACGACGUGCUGGCGAAGAUCGCCGCCUCCUUCGACGACCCCAACCUCCGCGCGGCGUCACUGGUGUGCCGCGCCUGGUGCGAGGCGCUGCGGCCGCUGCGGGAGGCCAUGGCGCUGCUCCUCUGGGGGAAGCGCUUCAAGCACGGCCACCGUGGCGUCGGCCCCAACCCCGAUAGGGCCCUCGACUCCUUCAUCAAAGCCGCCGCGCGCGGCUCCGCCCUCGCCAUGGUCGACGCCGGCCUCAUCUACUGGGAGCGAGGCGAGAAGCCCAAGGCCAUGGAGUUUUAUCAUAAGGCUGCGGAACUCGGAAACCCUUCUGCGCAGUGCAAUUUGGGACUUUCCUAUCUCCAAGCUGAACCUCCGAACACUGAGCUAGCUGUCAAAUGGUUACAUAAAGCUUCUGUUUGUGGGAAUGUUCGUGCCCAGUACCAGCUUGCGCUUUGUCUGCAUCGCGGUGGUGGGAGGGUCCGUAGCAAUCUGAAAGAAGCUGCUAAAUGGUAUAUGAAAGCUGCAGAGGGUGGGUAUGUCCGUGCCAUGUACAAUAUCUCCUUGUGCUUCUCCUUUGGGGAAGGACUGACACGUAAUCAUCAACUAGCAAGAAAAUGGAUGAAGCGGGCUGCGGAUCGUGGGCAUAGUAAAGCUCAAUUUGAGCAUGGACUUGCUCUCUUUUCUGAGGGAGACAUGAUGAAGGCUGUGGUUUACUUGGAACUUGCUACUCGUGCUGGUGAAAAAGGUGCUGCUCAUGUCAAGAAUGCAGUUCUUCAUCGGCUUUCAUCAGCUUCACGUGAUCACGCCAUGCAUCUAGCUAACAGUUGGCGUGCAUUGCCAUCAAGUUGAGCCAAUCCUUAUGUUGGUUUGUGAUGAAGAAGUUGCAUGACCUUGGUCGGUGGCAUCAGAAGAGUGAAGUCAACUAAGAAUACCUAAGCAUAGAAACAAGGAAAGCAGGAGGAGCUGACUAAGAAACUACCUUUGCCUGCUAAUCCUGACUAUAGUGGUUUUCCUAUAAUAUAAAGAAAACUAGUUGGUGGGCGUUUGUAAAAGCUAGUUGAAUUUGAAUCCUUUGUAAAACGCCCCAUUGACUAGUUGCAAGUUCCUCUCAAGUUCCCCUUACAACUGUGCAGGGUAGAAUGUGGUGGGCGUUUUUUGUCAUAAGUGGCAUCUAGAAAAUUGCAACGUCAUAUACUCAUAUUACUCCAUAUUAUAUAGGAUGAAUGACUGAUUAAGUAGUACCAAGCUGUGUCUAUGGCUUUACAAGAGAACCAGUUUAACCUCUAGUGUGGUUCAUAUCUAAUCUACUAUUAACUAAUCAUGUCCAUUUUUUUUUUU